CGGGGCUUCCGCAAGCUCGCGGCUAGGGGAUUAAAACCCCUGGGCGUCGCAGGGCUGUUUGUCUUCGGCGGUAGUGGCGUCCCCGUUGGUACCUCUUCGAACAACUCGGACUGGUUCAUAAUUCUGUCUGGGUAACCUGGGACCACCCUCCGGAAGUUGUUGGCUGAAGCUCCUUUUCUCACCUGGCCAAGGAGCCUGGUAGGUGGCGGCAGGACCCGCCGGGUCCCUGCAUUCCGGAGGUGACCCUGAGGACCCGGUCUGCACAGGAAAGGUCCAGUUGGGAGGAAACGCACUCUCUUCGCCCUACUCUGUGCACAUGACUCGGAGCUUAUUCUUGUGGCAUUUUUGUAUGCCAGGAACCAAAAGUAAGGUAAUUCAAGGCACCAAACUCAAGUAAAAAUAGGAAGAUCAUCGGCAGAAAGCCUGCUGGAGAAAACAGAGGCCUGCUAGGACUUCUGAGCUGGUCGGAUCGCAGAGUGAGCCCAAGAUGCCCUGCAAAGGACUUCCACGUUAGCUUUACUGGUUUUGUCUUCUGUGCUCAUGUCCUCUUCCAAGGAGCUCCCUGGUCACUGCCUUAGUGGCUGGAGCUGCCCCCCUCCUCCACCUCCCGCACCUCUGCUGGGGGAGCCUGCCUUUCCGGCCUUCCAGCGGCCCCACCGGAUGGAAAGCGAAGUGAAGCAGUCUUGUAUCGUAUGCAUUUCAGGGCCUCUGAGAUUUAACUAAAAACAUGACUGCUCUUUCUUCAGAGAACUGCUCUUCUCAGUACCAUCCACACCCAACAAAUCAGCUCCUAGACAGUAACUGUCUGCUAGUCUUGAUUAUACUUGGAAAAAUAUUAUUAAAUGUCCUUACACUGGGAAUGAGGAGAAAAAACACCUAUCAAAAUUUUAUGGAAUAUUUUUGCAUUUCACUAGCAUUCAUUGAUCUUUUGCUUUUGGUAAAUAUUUCCAUUAUAUUCUAUUUCAAGGAUUUUGUGCUUUUAGGCAUUAGGUUUACUAAGUACCACAUCUGCUUAUUCACUCAAAUUGUUUCUUUUACUUACGGCUUUCUGCAUUAUCCAGUUUUCCUGUUGGCAUGUAUAGAUUAUUAUCUCAAUUUUUCUAAAACCACCCUUCCGUUUAAGUGUCAGAAAUUAUUUUAUUUCUUUACAGUAGUUUUCAUUUGGAUUUCAGUCUUUGCUUACGUUUUGGGAGAUGCAGCUAUCUACCCAAACCUGCAGCCCCAGAAUGUUUACUCUUAUCACUGUCCUUUCUACAGCAGCAUUCAGAGUUACUGGCUCUCAUUUGCCAUGGUGAUGAUUCUAUUGAUGGCUAUCAUAGCCUCUUGGUCAGAAGUUAUUACCUUGGUGCAGGCUAUUAGGAUAACUUCCUACAUGAAUGAGACUGUCCUCUAUUUUCCCUUUUCAUCGCACUCUAAUUAUACUGUCACCUCUAAAAAAGGGCUCUUGCCCAAGUUCAUUGUCUGUUUUCUCGGGACCUGGUUACCAUUUGUACUACUUCAAAUAAUUAUCCUUUUAUUUCAAGUAGAGAUUCCAGCAUAUAUUGAGAUGAACAUCCCGUGGUUGUACUUUGUCAACAGUUUUCUCAUUGCUACAGUGUGCUGGGUGAAUUGUCACAAGCUUCCUCUAAGAGACACUGCAUUACCUGUGGAUCCGUUUGUCAAUUGGAAAUGCUGCUUCAUUCCACUUGCAAUUCAUAAUCUUGAGCAAAUGGAAAAGCCUAUAUCAAUAAUAAUUUAUUAAUAUGUUGCCACGUUAAAACUUACAAUAACUACGAUAAGAAUCGUAACUUUAUAAACAGGGAAGGAUGAGGACUCAGGACCUACAGAGAUGGAACUGAACCGAAGUCUCCCCCAACCACCACCCACCAACCACGUCCAUACUGUUUCAGAAUGUGUAUUUUGGGGCUAUGAUAUUUGUCUUUUUGUUUGUUCUUUUUAACAAAAUAAUUGCAAGAAAAAGUUUUAUGCUUGUUCAGGAAAACUGCAUUUUACAAAUGUUAACACAAAACUGAAGUGAGUUAACCUUUGGCCAUACUGAUGUUUCUGUUACCCAAAAAGAUACGGGAUCACAAAAGAUUCGCUGCCAACUUUGUUACAAACUUAAAUAAACAUUUUUAUGAAAUUCAAAGUGAAAAAAUGCAGGUCAUUUUCUUAAAAGAAUUUGUAUACAUGGUCAUUUUAACAUAAGGGGAAGAUGCUAACUUGGAAAAUAUAUCUCUGUAUGUAAUGUAAAUAUUCCUGGAAGCAUAGUUUCACCUGCUUACCUUACAGAACUGGAUUAGUGACUCGGCUUCCUUCCAUGACACAGCAGGUUCAUUUUCGGUUACAACUUACAUGUCACUUGCAUGUCAAUUCAUAAUUAUUCAGUACUUCAGCAGUGUAUCACACUAUAAAAGUAAAGUUGUGUUUCUUAGCCUCAGAGCUAAUGCUGUUUUGGGUUGGGUCAUUCUGGUUGGGGAGACACCCUGUGCACCAUGGAAUGUUCAGCAGCAUCCCUACCCUCUGCCCCCCAGAUACCAGUAGCCCCUUGCUCCCCAGUCAUGGCAGUCACAGUACUGCCAGACUCCACCUCACCACCCAUGGUGGGCAAAACCGCCCGACUGAGGACUGAUGGAAUAAAGGAAUCUAAGUGGCAAAUAAUCUGAAGUCACUUUCUGAAUUAUAUUGAACUACCUAGACAUUGUCUAAUCUGUCCAUGUCUACACCUGGCCUUUGCCACUUCUCUGUUACUUUCCCUCUGAAUGUAUUGCUAAUUGACCAUGACAUGGAACUACACUAUUUUAAAAUAUAUUGUAUUUUUUAAUGUUUUAUUGAUUAUGCCAUUACAGUUGUCCCAUUUUCCCCCCCUUAGUUCAUGUCCAUGCAUCACAAGUUCUUUAGAUUCUGUAUUUUCCCAUACUAUUCUUGUCCUCCCCCUAUUUUCUAUCUACUGUCUAUGCUACUUAUUCUCUGUACCUUCUCCCCUUCCUCCUCCUUCCACUCCCCUAUUGCUAACCCUCCACAUGAUCUCCAUUUCUAUGGUUCUGCUCCUGAUCUAGCUGUCCUCUUAGUUUGCUUUUGUUUUAGGUGUGGUUCUUAAUAACUGUGAGUUUGCUGUCCUUUCACUGUUCAUCUUUUUUAUCUUCUUUUUCUUAGGUAAGUCCCUUUAACAUUUCAUAUAAUAAGGGCUUGGUGAUGAUGAACUCCUUGAACUUGACCUUAUCUGAGAAGCACUUUAUCUGCCCUUCCAUUCUAAAUGAAAGCAUUGCUGGACAGAGCAAUCUUGGAUGUAGGUUUUUGGAUUUCAUGACUUGGAGGAAUACUUCUUUCCAGCCCCUUCUUGCCUGUAAGGUCUCUUUUGAGAAAUCAGCUGACAGUCUGAUGGGAACUCCUUUGUAGGUGACUGUCCCCUUAUCUCUUGCUGCUUCUAGGAUUGUGUCCUUCAUUUUAAUCUUGGCUAAUGUAAUUAUGAUGUGCCUUGGUGUGUUCCUUCUUGGGUCCAACUUUGGGACUCUCUGAGCUUCCUGGAUUUCCUGGAAGUCUAUUUCCUUUGGCAGAUUGGGGAAGUUCUCUUUUAUUAUUUGUUCAAAUAAGUUUUCUACUUGUCGCUCUUCCUCUUCCCCUUCUGGUACCCCUAUAAUUUGGAUGUUGGAACAUUUAAAGAUGUCCUGGGGGUUCCUAAGCCUCUUCUCAUUUUUUUGAAUUCUUGUUUUCUGUUUGGUCAUUUUUUUUUUCUUCCUUCUGGUCCACUCAAUUGAUUUGAGUCCCAGUUUCCUUCCCAUCACUAUUGUUUCUCUGUGCAAUUUGCUUCAUUUCACUUAGUGAAGCCUUCAUUUUUUCAUCUAAUUUGUGACUAAAAUCAACCAGUUCUGUGAGCAUCCUGAUCACUAGUGUUUUGAACUGUGCAUCUGAUAGGUUGGCUAUCUCUUGAUCCCUUAGAAGUAUUGGCUCUGGGGCUUUGAGCUGUUCUUCUGCUUGAGCCAUAAAUGUUUUGGUUUGUUUGUACUUGUUACAUAUGAGGGGCGGAGCCUUAGGUGUUCACCAGGGUGGGGCAACCCAGGUCACUGGGUUGUGACGUAUGUGGGGGCAGGGUCAGAGAGGGGCAAUGGCGUUUUUUUUUUUCUGCUCUCUCUCGGAUUUUGAUCCCUCCUGCUACUCCCCACAAACAAAUUGGGCCCUUCUGGUGAUGGUUCCCAGAUGUGCGGGCUUGUGCACCCUCCAGGACCCUGUGGAUCUCUCCAACGAACUCUGAGCCUGGGAGCCUCUCCCGGCACCUCAACCCUGGAAAGUUUUUUCAGUUGGUGCUUUUAGGCUUUAUUACCCAGGGCAUGGUCAAUCUCACUGCUUGUUUUUUGCCUGGUUUAUAUGCGCUUGAAUGUGUGACCUCAGUCAGCCAGCUGUCUUGCGCCCCUACUGGGUCUGCCCAUUGCCACCCCACACCUGGGAUCUGCCAACCGCAGCCUGCACACCUGGGUCCAUCUGGGGGCUUUUUCCUGUGCGACCCCUAACAGCCAGCCGCUGACUCCGCCCCUUUUACCAGUCUGGAUGAAUGGUUCGUUGUCGUCAGACUUCGGUACAGUUCAAUUUUCUCUCUGUUUUGGUUGCAUUCUGGUUUUUAAAUAUUUGUUGUUUAUAAACUCAGUUGUGCAAGGAGGUACAGUGCUUCCACCUACGCCUCCAUCUUGGCCGGAAGUAAAAUAUACUGUACUUAACAGAGAAUUAAACUCAACAGAUUUUAAAUGAGGAAAAUUUAUAACUGUUUCAAACUCCUUACUAAGCUUGUUAAUUGUUAUUCAUUCAGUGCAUUCCCCACACCUCAUAAGCUUAAAGGAAAAAAAAAGAAAUUAUUCAAUAGACCAGCCAAAU